AUGUCAGAACAAGAAUGUACAGCAUUUAAAGGACACGAUGAAGUCCAAAUUCAAUUGAUGCAAGAGGAAUGCAUCGUUGUUGAUAAUGACGAUAAACCAUUGAGACCUGGUAGCAAGAAGGAAUGUCAUUUGAUGGAGAACAUUAGCAAGGGUCUCUUGCAUCGUGCCUUUUCAAUCUUUUUAUUCAAUAGCGAAAACAAACUACUUCUUCAACAACGUGCCAUGGAGAAGAUCACCUUCCCAGGCUACUGGACCAACACUGUAUGCUCACAUCCAUUAUGGUUGCCAAACGAACUUAUCGAAGAGAAUGCUCUUGGUGUUCGUGUAGCUGCACAAAGAAAAUUAAAUCACGAAUUGGGUGUUGCCUUUGAAGAGGCCAAGGUCGAUCAAUUCAAAUUCAUGACAAAGAUUCAUUACCUUUCUCCAUCUGUUGAAGAUCCACAAUGGGGUGAACAUGAAAUUGAUCAUAUUUUAAUCAUUAAAACCAAUGUAAAUGUACAUGCAGUACCAAAUGAAGUUAUGGAUCAUAAAUAUGUAUCAAAAGAGGAAUUAAAGGAAAUGAUCAAACAAAGUGACGAGAAUCAAAUCAAAUUGACUCCAUGGUUUAAAUUAAUUGCUUUGAAUCAUUUGGACAAGUGGUGGGAUAACUUGGAAAACUUGGAUCCACUCGUUGAACCAUCAACCAUUAUUCAUCGUUAUUAA